UUGAGAGCCAGUAUUGCGUAGAAACUACUCCGUCAUUAAUAUUUAGGCAUAGCCAUGCUUUCUCAUGCAAACAAAAUAGGGUUGACGCUGGAGUGUUAGCGGCUUUAUCACACAAGUACAUUGUAGGGAAACCCUCAUAAAAAUCAGCGCUCAAAAAUUGAAUUCCAAGAAGCGUGGCUAAUGUCUGAAGAGGAGAGACAACGUCUUGUCGGCAAUGCUGAUGGUUCAUCGUCUAAGUUUGACGAUUCGGCUGCGAAUAAUGAAGAAAACAUUGAAGACCAGUUACUCUUUGAAGACGUUCCUGUUUAUACAACUUGCCCGAAUUGCAAGGAAAAAAUUGUGACAAGAACCAGUUUUAAAAGGGGAAAAUAUACAUAUUGGACUUCAGCGUGCCUUUGUAUUUUUCAAUGUUACUGCUGCGUUUGGAUACCAUUUAUUUUAGACGGGCUUAAAAAUGUAGUUCACACGUGUCCAAAGUGUGGAGAAAAACUGGCCGAGUAUAGUAGAUUAAGAAUUGACCGAAUUUGGAAGAAGAAAAAGAAGCACAGACAAGCUGCACACCAUUACAGCGCGUCUGCUCGGUAGAUACUCCAUGUACGUUCUACCUAGCUAAUGUCGCUGAAGACAGAAUAUGAAUACACCUAACUGAAAAAACGUAGUCAGGUUCGAGAAGGUCAUAUCAUCGAAGCUAAGACCGAAAAGGAUUUUGGGUACUCCGAAAUGUGUAUUAUAUUUGCAUAUAGACAUGUAAAA